CUUAGAGCUGCCUAUUAAUGUUGAGGAGCACUAAAUUGAAAUAUUCGGCGUGUGUGUGUGCGUGCGUGUGUGUGUGUUUAUGGUUUUUAUUGGUGGUGGUGAUGGUGGUUGAGGGAUAUGAGGUCAGAAGCAAUGGAGGAGACGGAGUUUGCAGAGUUUUCCAAGCCAGUCCACCUGCAGAGGCUGGAGCAGGCACUCAAGUUAGACCCAUUUCUUAACUACGUCGAAAGUGUCUUAAGCCAGCCUGUUAGUGAUUAUGACACAGCAUCUGAAUCUGAGGUGGAGGGUGGCACUGUGGCACACAGGAAUGGCAUCCCCAAGAGUAAAGAAGAACGCGAAGAUGACACAUCCCAUCUAUACAACUUCAACUUUGUUCGCCGCAAACGACAAUGGUUGAAGGACAUCCUCAUCUCCUCCUCCUCUUCUUCCUCCUCCUCCUCCUCGGACUCGGAGGAGGAGGAGGAGGAGGGGCGGGAGGAGGAGGAGGAGGAGGGGCGGAGGCUCACAUCGUCUGAUCUGGAGGAGAUGCUGAAGGAACAUCGCUUGAGAAAACAUCACCAGUCACAUUUUUAUCAGAGUGAAGAGAAUCGCGGUUACCUUUACUACAGCGCGGGUCUCCUCUCUCGGGUUGACAAGUACCCCGACCAUCAAAGGUUCAUGGCAGGAACGAGAAGGAAGAAGAACAAGGAGAAGAGAGAGAAGGAGAGGCUCAGGAAGGUGAAAAAGGAAGAGGAGGAGGAGGAGGUGGAGCCGGAGAGUCCAGCAGCACAAAAUGAGGACAGCCUCCAUAGCUUCCCAGACGACGCCUCAGAUGACCUCACAGCGCCAGUCAAGGGCAGCAGAGGUCGCGGGGUCAGGAGAGAUAGAAAGCACAAGAAACUGGAUGCUCAAGCCCUCACCAUGCGCAGACACAAGCUGUGGGUGGUGAUGGCAAAGAAAGAGGUUAGCCGGUGUCAGAAGUCCAAAUUGUCAUUUCGCAAGGAGUUUCUCCAAAACUGCAAGCGUAUGGCCACUGGUUGUAUGCGGGUGUGUCGCCAGAAGGCCCUGCAGAGCCAGAAGACAGUGAAGGACAAAGUGUGGCUUCUCAAGAGGCUUACAAGAACGAUGCAAGCGGAAUGGAAGAAAUUUGACCGGAUCUUGAAGGAGCAAAACAGAAGGGCGGAAAAGGAAGCGGAGGAACAGCGGAAGAUGGACAAGGAGAUACUGGAGGCCAAGCGGCAGCAACGUAAAGUCAACUUCCUGAUUACUCUGCCUGAACUUUACGCACACUUCAUGAAGAACAAGAUGGGGUCGGCCUCGCUUGACGACGAGGACACGAGCACAAUUCUGAAGCAAUUAGAAGAUGAUACCUCCCUCCCUGCAUCGGCUUCCUUCUCGGCUGAUGACUACGACUGUGAAGCCAUGAAGGUCCAAGCUUUAAAAACAGCACAGGAAGCUUAUUCACUGCAGCAGGCCAAGCUUAACCUGUUCUCCGGGUCCCAGGGGAAGGGUGGCGGAGGGCUGGGUGGUGGUGGUGGCGGUGGCGGUAGUGGCAGUGUGAGAGAGGCUAAGGAACAUCCCCAGCCAAGAUGUUUUAAUGGUGUUCUCAAGAGUUACCAGCUAAAUGGAAUGAACUGGCUUGCUAAUCUUUACUAUUUUGUGAGUUUGGCAAUCAACGGCAUCCUGGCAGACGAGAUGGGGCUGGGCAAGACGGUGCAAUCCAUCGCAUUCCUGGCCCACAUCUGUGAGCAGUACGACACCUGGGGGCCCUUCCUAAUCAUCACACCUGCCUCCACCUUGCAUAAUUGGACAGGCGAGAUUGCAAGAUUUGUCCCAGAGUUCAAGGUGGUGCCAUAUUGGGGGAAUCCAGAAGAGAGGAAGAACCUUAGAAAAUUCUUUGACGGCAAGAAUCUGGGAUCGAAGGAAGCCAGUUUUCAUAUUGUGGUCACCAGCUACCAGAUCGUCAUUCAAGAUUUCAAGUUUCUCAAUAGACUCAAGUGGAAUUAUAUGGUUCUGGACGAGGCUCAAGCUAUCAAGAGUAUUAACAGCCAGAGGUGGAAGCUGCUCCUGGGUUUCAGCUGUCGCAACCGCCUGCUGCUGUCGGGCACCCCCAUCCAGAACAGCAUGGCGGAGCUGUGGGCACUGCUUCACUUCAUCAUGCCCACCCUGUUCGACUCCCACCUGUGGUUCAAUGAGUGGUUCAGCAAGGACAUCGAGGGACACGUGGAGAACAAGACACAUGUGGACGAGAAACACCUGAAUCGCCUGCACAUGAUUUUGAAACCGUUCAUGCUGAGGAGGGUGAAAACUGAGGUGGAAAAUGAACUGACGGACAAAAUUGAGAUCAUGAUGUACUGUCCCCUUACGUCGCGCCAGAAGUUUCUGUACAACGGCCUGAAGAACAAGAUUAGCAUUGAUGAGUUGCUGAGGUCAUCGAUGGGUCCGUCAUCACAGCAGUCAUCAGUUACGUCAUCGCUCAUGAACCUGGUGAUGCAGUUCAGGAAGGUGUGCAACCACCCUGAGCUGCUGGAGCGUCGGGAUGUGAGGUCACCCUACACGAUGCGUCCUGAGCCAUACCACAUCCCCACAAGCUGGUGUUCCGUGGCGCACACCUACUCCACGCUCCCCCCCCUCCAAGUACCACCUCCUCCACACAACCACCUCAAACAUCUUCCACCCCCAGUACAUCCACUCCUCCCUCUCUGCUCCCAGGGAAAAGGAGCCAGUGAAGUGUUUCUCAUUCCUGCGUUUUGUGGCCUUGAGUCCUCACGAGAUGUCACAGGUCAUGUUCGGCGGCCUUCUUCCCAGACUGAUGCUCCUGGUGGCGGCACUGCAGUAUGCCAACAUCCUGUACCUGCGCCACACCUCGGGCACCGGGAGGGGCAGGCGGGGUCCUCUAGGGGCAAGGGACGAGCCGAGAAGGACCUGCUCCUGAUACCCUUCAUUUCCACCCUUAACCGCUCUGCCAUUGCGACGAGUGAAGUCCUGCAGGAGCUGGUGUUUACGUCACACACCUCGUCAGUCUAUACCUUCACCGAUCAUGUCCUCCAUCACAUCCCUGAGACCUUGAACCAUCGUAUUAUGAGAUCAAGGGUAGCAAACAAACCAAACAUUGAAGUCCUCUCAGAAACACAGCAUGACCCGGACUCAAACCCUGACCCCUCUGUGACCCGGAAUGACCAGCUGACCUCCCCUACCCUCCCCCAUGACCCGAGGCAGUCCCCAAGAGCUUCCAGCAGCACCUCUUCUUCUUCUUCCUCCCCUCAGAAGACAGGCAGUUUAACCCCAAAAUCUGGAGGCUCUCAGAGGUCAGGUGGAUCAAAGUCGCAUAGAAAAUCUGGUUCUUCUUCUAAGCACGGGUCAAGACGGAGUGGAGACAAGAAGGAGUCAGCGCUGCAUGAUGGGGAGGAGGGGAGGGGGUGGGGGAGGACGUACCCCUCUUACCUGAGAUCCCCCAUGUGGUGCGGCCCCCCAUGGUGCUCACCUGUCGCCCCACUGCCUUACCUGCCUUCCUUGCACACCUGCCCCAGGGCGCAGUGCUUGGAGAAGGAGCUGAUUUGCCACGACCGCACUGCCGCGUGGUGGAGGAUGCGGCAGAAACACUUUGAUGAGCCGCUGGCCCGAACCUACAUCCUGCAUGGCUCGGAGGAGCUGGAGAAGGAGUGGCAGGAGAGGAGGUGGAGGUUCUGUGGAGUGAGUUGUGGAGGUGGAUUGCGUGCCUCGUAUCCACGCUUAGGGUGGAGCAACAUUCUUAUACCUGACAAGCACUCUCUGAUCAUGGAUGCUGGGAAAUUGUAUGUGCUGGAUACUCUUCUCUCUCAACUGAAAUCUGGCGGCCACCGUGUGCUUAUUUACUCUCAGAUGACCAAGAUGAUUGACUUAUUGGAGGAGUAUAUGUGGCAUCGCAAGCACAAAUUUAUGAGACUGGACGGCUCUUCAAAGAUAUCAGACCGCAGAGACAUGGUAGCCGACUUUCAGACCAGAGCGGAUAUCUUCGUGUUCCUUCUAUCCACACGAGCUGGUGGCGUGGGUAUCAACCUGACCGCUGCGGAUACGGUGAUAUUUUACGACUCCGACUGGAACCCGACAGUUGACCAGCAGGCGAUGGACCGCGCUCACCGACUGGGCCAGACUAAGCAGGUGACGGUGUACAGGCUGGUGUGCAAAGCUACCAUUGAGGAAAGGAUACUGCAGCGAGCCAGGGAGAAGAGCGAGAUUCAACGGAUGGUGAUCAGUGGCGGGAAUUUCAAACCUGACACAUUGAAACCCAAGGAAGUGGUGUCUCUCCUUCUGGAUGAUGACAUUGAGAGGCAGUAUAGAGCAUUGCAGGAAGAACGGAGGAUUCUGGAGGAGCACAAGAUGGAGGUCAACAGAGAGAAAAUGAGGGAGAGAAUGAGGAAGAGAUAUGCUGAAAAAAAGCUGGAAAAGGAACUGGAGGAGAAGAGAAGAAGACUGGAGGAGGGGAUGGAAGCAGGAGGAGGAGGAGGAGGAGGAGGAGGAGGAGGAGGAGGAGGAGACGGUACUCCCUUCAACUCCAUGCCAGCUUCUCCUGCUCAGAGUGAGGUGUCCGUGGCCACUAGUCUCCUCCUGGACGAGGCGAGCAACGACGGCUCCCUCAUAGUGGAUGUUGAGUCCCCCGCACCCCCGCAGCCCCAUGCAGGUUCCGGAGGGGGCGGCGCGGGCGUGGCGGUCACUGGGGGAGCCGGCGGGGGGAGCAUGACCUCUGCGCCCCCCAUACGAGGUCAAAGGAAACGCGGGAGACCGAAGGGGUCAACUUUACGGGGCCGCCUGUCCAGGGUCUCCGAGGGGGUGGGGAGCGUCGCGGGGCAAGGUGGGGGAGCGUCCACCUCCUCCACCUCCUCCUCCGCCUCCUCAACAUCCUCCACCUCGUCCGCCACUCUCCACGGCGCCUCUGCUGGGGGUUCUCCAGGCGGCAGCAGCAGCAGUCCAGGGGGGGGGGCGGGGAGCGGCGCCCCUGUGAAGCGAGGCAGGGGACGCCCACGCCUCCUUCCCCUCGGGCCGGGCCACCAGGGGAGCCGCGCCCCCCGCCUUGCCGCUGGCUCUUGGCACCACACUGAACAACCCCAAGACUGAUGAAAAUUCCCAGAAGCCUUUUGGUUUUUAUACGUGAGAUAGCUUUAACUGGCUCUAUUUGCUCUAAUUCUCUCUCUAUUUUUCUUUAAUCAUCUCUGUUUUCUUUAAUUCUCUCUAUUUUCUCUAAUUUCUCUCUUUAAUUUCUCUAAUUGUUUUUGGUCUAUUUUUCUUUCUUUUUUCUUACAUGUGAGAUAGCUCUAACUGGCUCUAUUUGCUCUAAUUCUCUCUUUAUUUUCUCUAAUUCUCUCUUUUUUUCCUCUAAUUUUCUUUAUUUUCUCCAAUUCUCUAUUUUUCGUGUUCUCUUUUUUCCCUACAUGUGAGAUAGCUUUAAUUGGCUCUAUUUUCUCUAAUUCUCUCUUUAAUUUCUCUAAUUCUCUCAUUACUUUCUUUAAUUCUCUUUAUUUGCUCUAAUUUUCUCGAUUUUCUCUAAUUUUUGCUCUUGAUUUUCUUUCUUUUUCUCUAAUUUAUCUUUUCCUCUUAAUUUUCACUUUUUUUCUCUAUUUUUGCUCUAAUUAUCUUUAUUUUCUCUAAUUUUACUCUGAUUCUCUUUAUUUCCUCCUCUAAUUUGGUGUUAUUUUGUCUAUUUCAUCUUUAUUCUCUCUCUCUCUCUCUCUCUCUCUCUCUCUCUCUCUCUCUCUCUCUCUCUCUCUCUCUCUCUCUCUCUCUCGCUCAAAAUUUUUAUUACUUUAAAUCCUCUCUAUCUCUAAAUCUUUAUUAUCUCUCUCUCUCUCUCUCUCUCUCUCUCUCUCUCUCUCUCUCUCUCUCUCUCUCUCUCUCUCUCUCUCUCUCUCUCUCUCUUUCUCUCUCUUUCAGUUUCGACACGUAAAAUUAUCUUUAAAUCUUUUUUAUUUUUAUUUUCUAUAUUUUUUUGUCUGGUUGUUACACGUAAGAUAAUCUCUCUCUCUCUCUCUCUCUCUCUCUCUCUCUCUCUCUCUCUCUCUCUCUCUCUCUCUCUCUCUCUCUCUCUCUCUCUCUCUCUCUCUCUCUCUCUCUCUCUCUCUCUCUCUCUCUCUCUCUCUCUCGUUCAGUUUCGACACGUAAAAUUAUCUUUAAAUCUUUUUUAUUUUUAUUUUCUAUAUUUUUUUGUCUGGUUGUUACACGUAAGAUAAUUUCUCUCUCUCUCUCUCUCUCUCUCUCUCUCUCUCUCUCUCUCUCUCUCUCUCUCUCUCUCUCUCUCUCUCUCUCUCUCUCUCUCUCUCUCUCUCUCUCUCUCUCUCUCUCUCUCUCUCUCUCUCUUGAUCAUCUAUAGGUGUGGGAGGGGAAGGGAGGGGGUAAGGAGAGAUGGGGAGGGAGGGGAGGUGACACACAGGUGAGUUUUAACACCUGUCACACACCUGCUGACCCCCCUCUCCCCUCCCCCUUCUCCCCCUUCUCCCCUCUCCCCUCUCCCAUUCCCCCUCUCUCCCAUUUCGUCCCAGCUUUUUCAUUUGGGUGAUAGAUAUGAUUGCUGUCUCUCUCUCUCUCUCUCUCUCUCUCUCUCUCUCUCUCUCUCUCUCUCUCUCUCUCUCUCUCUCUCUCUCUCUCUCUCUCUCUCAAUUUUACUUCUGUUUAUUUUCUCACUUUUUUCAUAUUUUCUUUAUUUUCUCAUUAUUUUCCUUUCUUAUUUAUUGAUUCAUGUAUUUAUUGUUUGUUUGUUUGUUUGUUCGUUUUGGGUUUAUAUUAUCGUUUAUUUUCUCUCUCUCUCUCUCUCUCUCUCUCUCUCAAUCUAAUGUUUUUUGAUCUUCAUUUCACACAAGGAACCAAUUAUUAUUAUUAUUAUUAUUAUUAUUAUUAUUAUUAUUAUUAUUAUUAUUAUUAUUAUUAUUAUAGUAGGUAAUUAUUAAUAGUAACAUAAGGGUCAGAACACAUGGCUGGGCUGAAGGAUUUUCCAUCUUAGGGUCAUAAAUAAGAAAAAAAGGAAGAAAAAAAUCAUCAUUAUUAUUAUUAUUACUAUUAUUACUACGAUGCUGAUGAUGAUGAUGAUUGAUUGAUGAUGAUGAUGAUGGUGUAAAAAAAAUAAAAAAAAUGUCUUGGUUUUGAAUCAAUUAUUAUUA